UUUAAUUUCCUCCCCCCUCUAAAGAUUCUUCUCCUUUCCUCUGAUAUGGAUGAUACUUUUCCUGUUGAAUUCUGGCAUAACGAUCACUUUUGGCUCGACGCUCCCAUUUCCGUUCCCCUCUCUGCCCCUUCUUCUUCUCCUCCUGCGACACAGAUAAGUGCUUUCCUACCAUAUCUCUCUGCACCACCUACAGGAUUAUUGGGACAAGACAAUAAUAAUAUUGCCACAACUACUACUACUGCUGCCACAAGCUAUGAUUCUAGAAAUGUGAACAAGAGGAUGAUUGAGUACUGGACGAAGCAUUGGCAUGAAAAGAAAGAAUUACCUGUUUCCGCAGGGGAUUUAGAGAGAGAAAAAUGUCAUCGACACAUGUUGAAUGAGAGAAUGAGGAGGGAGAAACAAAAACAAAGUUAUUUGGCACUCCACUCUAUGCUCCCCAAAAAUACUAAGAACGAUAAGAAUUCGAUCGUUCAAAGCGCGGCGAGAACAAUACAAGAGAUGAAAGGCUUAGAGAAGACAUUAAAGAGGAGAAACUCAGAGUUGGAAAUGGAAAUAGCAAUAGCAAUGAAGAAGAAAGAAAAGGAAAAACGAAUAAUAAAUGUAGCAUUGCCCAACACUUCUUGUGGGAUAAACUCAAUGUUAACUGUUCUCAAUGUGCUCAAAACUGUUGGAGUAAAUUCCAAAGCCAUUCAUGCCACUUUCUUCAACUCUCAAUUCUCAGCCCAAUUAGCCAUUGAUACCCAUAUGGGAGCUGCCGAAGUAGAAAGAGCAUUACAGGUGACGCUAAACGAAGCAGAGAGGAAAUUUCGAAGGCAAUACAGCGAAGGAUCCAAAGAAAUUAAAGACAAUUAUUUUAAAUUUUAAAUAAUAAUAAAGGGGCCCACGAGGUGGGUCCAGAAUUGAAAUCUAUUAUAGCCACGUGGGCACGUGCAAAAUUAGGUUUUAUUUUAUUAUUUUUAUUUUAUUUUGCUAUUAAUGUUGUUUGUGUAUAUUUGACUUCUACUUCUAAUCAUGUGGAAUUAAGAAUGAUUUUUUUUUAAAAAAAAUAAUAUAUGUGGUUUUAAUUUGAAUA